UCCGCUACCAUGGUCGGGCCAACAACUCCAGACAAACGACUCCUCUGGCAUCCACAACAGCGAAACAAGUUUGUCGUUGGUGGCGGCUCUCAGAUUACGCUCUAUGAAUGGGCAGCGGAGAGCCAAGAGAUUCGACAUGUUACUUCCCAGCACGACCUACAGUUUAUGAAGACUUUUGCCUGGUCUCCCGAUCCGGCAUUCGAUGAUUUGGUCGCUGUGGGGCUGAGUACCGGGCGAAUUGACCUGCUCAGAUUGGAGGCAUCUCGGCACACACGCAAGACUUUGGCUGGAAGCAGUGUGUUGUCGGGUGGGCCUAUUGUUUCGCUUAUGCCGCGAAGCUCAAGAGCAUGCAACUCCCUCGACUUCUGCCGUGUUGAUCCCAACUUCCUUGCGGUCGGUUUGGAUAAGGUUCGCGGAGAUUCGAGCUUGGUGAUAUACGACAUCAUAAGCGCCCGCAGCAAACUAUCGCUGUCUCUUUCACUUGAUGAUGACUCCAGUAGCCUUGUUCCGCCAGCCAGACCUGGCCCCACCAUUCCCCGAUUUGAAAUCACUCCUCGAGCAGACCAGCGGACAGUGCAGCAUCAUGCCCCAACAGAAGUUGUCACCGCCGUCUCUUAUGCCUCCAACACAAACCACCUUGUGCUCGCUGGAAUGUCGCAUCGCUGGCUGCGACUUCUCGACAUCAGGACGGCGACUCCAACGGUCACGAGUGUAGCGGCCAGGGUGCAAGGUAUUACAAGUGACCCAUUCGACACACAUCGCAUUGCAACGUUUGGAGACGGGAUGGUUAGCGUGUGGGAUGUUCGCAAGUUGACUGGCGGCCCUUUGCUCGCGUUUACAGACAAAGACGCAAGCGCAGAUGGAUUUGGACUUCAGCGAUCGCCGUUGAUGGUAUAUUCUGGCAUUGAAUUCAGUCCAACGAGGAGAGGAACGAUAGCCACUCUCCAUCAAAACUCGUCUUAUGUCCGGUUCUGGGAUACUCUCGCGACAAAUGCGCGCUCCAACUCGAGUGAGGGCGGUGGCGGGGCGUCCGGCUCAUCAGAUGGGGGUGUAGGAGAGAGUUCUUCGUUAUCGAGUCGGCUGACGCGAAAAUCAUGGACGGGACUGCCCUGGACUGCUGCUGCGCCAACUACACCUAUGGGUGGAAGUCAGGCAUCAGCUCGAGAAUCAACGCCAUUGGUCCUCAGUGAUACGCGACGCACAAAGCUCUUUCCUAAAAGUUUAUCAUCGUUCGCCCUUGUUCCCUCUGACCGCGCGUCGUUGACCUCAAAUAUCAUGGUCGUCAAUAAAGAUGGCGAUCUGGAGCUUUAUGCAUUACACGACACGCCCAAGCAAGCUGUUUGGAGCGGGCGGGGGGACUUUGUAAUCAGUGCUGGGAAGACAUGCCGUAUUUUCUCCGGUGUUAUGGAGGGCGAAGCAGAGUUAGAGCAGGAGUUCCUUCAACAACGCGAUCAACAUUCACAAGCGCAGCAGCCGCAACAACUGGACAGCAACGAGCGUGAACGGUCACGGUCAAUGGCAACUGAAACGACAGAAUCGGUCCACAGCAUGAGUUUCUCGAGAGGGAGGUCGGUCACAUCGCCUUUCGGAAUGCCACCCCCCUUAUUUGGCAGGGGCGACGAAGAUGGUUUUCCUGCGUUGGGGACUGUUUUUCCUCCAACCAGGAGUGCAAGAGAAUCGCCGGUUUUCAGAACUGGUAUAUCGGCCACGCGUCCAAAUUCUGCUUCAAGGGCUCGGACAUACAGCCCUGCUUCAAUGCGACGAUAUCCAAUCGAAUCAGCAACAACGCUGAAAACAAAGUCAAAAUCGCGGUCCAGAUCAGGCGCCAGGCUAGCGGGUUUGACCUCCACAACGCAAACAGCAACAGAUGAAGCAAAACCGCCAGCGGCACUAGCACCUCCUGCAAGAGCGCGGAAACUGAGUCGCGGCGCUGGGAGAAGCGACAGCAGAAAUAGGGAUAUUGCGCACAUUGUCGAGGAUGACAUUUCGAUGGUCAUGCGACGGAGGUGUUUGCGUGGGUAUGGGAUUGGCACACCUUACCACAAUGUUGCUGUUACCAGAGACGACGACGCGCCUGUGCCGCGAAUGCUCUCUGAUUUGUGGCGCUGGAUGAAUCAUGCACAGGACUUCCUAUGCGUACCAACUCCACGGUUACACGGAUAUGACUUCGCCUACAGCGGAGUCAUCGGCAUUUGGGAAGGCCUUCUUCCGGUCGGAGAAAAUACCACUAGCUCAAGUUUCUCGUUAUCUGCGACCAACACACCCACCAUAGAGCCCCUAUCUUUGCUUUCCGACAUCCGGGAUCGCAGCCGCUCAAGGCCGCGUCGCAGCCAUUCCUUAACAGCAACAGGACGAAAUUACUCCCCCGCAGACGACCUUCACGGAAACUUUCACGCUGCGUUGACAGCACUAGCGAUGCGAUUUGGGGAUGGUAAUAGUGGCGUAAAUAAUUUUUCUGGGUUGAGUAGCACUGGGAGGUCUACUGGAAUCGCGACAAGUCGACCGCUACAGAGGCAGGUGGCGCUUCAUUUAUGUGGCUGGAGUUUGAAAGAGGAGGAUCUAUGGACAAAUGUGAAGCGAUGGGAGAAGGAGGGAAGCCAUUCAAGAGCAGCUUGUUGGCUUGUUUUUGCUCAACAUUACUCCAAGGCAUUCGAGGUUCUCAUGCGCAGCAAUGAUGAGUCUCAUCAUAUGAUGUCUGGCGUUCUUGCUGCUCUGACAGCAAAUUCGUCUUCGCGCAAUGCAGAUCUGCGUGAACACUAUGAGCGGCUGAUAAUUCGUCUUCAAGACCCUUACUUCCGUGUUAUGCUGACACAUCUUUCCUCUGGAGACUGGUCUGAAGUUCUUGACGAAGAAGUCAUCCCGUUCCGCGAACGGCUUGCUAUCGCAUUCCAAUUCCUCGACGACAAUACUCUCACAUCGUACCUCCGCCGAUGUAUACGCGAUUCAGCGCAACGGGGUGACAUAGACGGACUUAUGGUCACAGGUCUCACGAAAGCUGGACUGGACAUUUUGCAGAGUUACGUCAACCGUAGCGGCGACGUUCAAACAGCAGCAAUACUCGCAUCCUACGUUUGCCCCCCUAAAUUCCGUGACCCGCGGGCAGAUCGCUGGAUUGAGGCAUAUCGAGAUUUGCUGGAUGGGUUCAAACUCCACCAUCACCGUGUUUGGUUCGAUGUUGAGCGAGGAGGACUGCUUGGUGAAGCUGGGACACCAGUUGCAGUGGAUUGGGCUCCGCGGCAGAUUGUAAUGCGAUGCAAUUAUUGCAACAAGCCAGUGGUCAAUCCGAAUGCUAGUCCUCGGUCUGUGCCCAAGCAUAAGCCGACUGUCUGUGCGAACUGUAAUCGUGCGCUCCCGCGUUGUUCUGUUUGUCUCAUGACGCUGAGCAUCGUUCCUGAUGUCGUUCGUGAUGCUGAACUAGUAUAUUCUCCUGGAAAAGAUACCAUCGAAGAGGCGAUUCUAAUUUGUCAGACUUGCCGACAUGGCGGCCACGCAUCGCACAUCACGGAAUGGUUCUUUGGGGAGGGCGGAGAAAGAUCGCGGGGUUUGUGUCCAGUCGCUGGGUGUGACUGUCGGUGUACGGAUGAAUUCUAA